AUGUCAGGACCAGUGCCGCAAGUCACCGCGUUGGGGGACAUCUACACAGAGCACUCGCUGCUCGAGCAAGGCGCGCGAUGGAACAAGCUGUUGGAGAAGUUCCAGAGCAUCUACGGCGGCCCCGCGCAGUUCGUUUCGCGGUCUCCUGGUCGCGUGAACAUCAUCGGCGAGCAUAUUGAUUACUCUCUGUACUCGGUGCUGCCGAUGGGCAUAACCCCCGAUGUCAUUAUCGCAGUUUCGACCAAUCUUGAGUCCUCCAAGGAAGGCACGUACAAGUUAAAGCUCGCAAACGUGGACGAGGAGCGGUUCCCCACCCGCGAGUUGGAUAUCGCUUACGGGGAAGUCAACAUUGAUGCGACACAGCAUGAGUGGACCAACUACUUCAAGGCUGGCUUGAGGGGAGCUCUGCAGUUGCUGGAGAGGAAAUACGGCGCGGGUUUCAAACCCAAGAGCAUGCAAGUGCUCUUGGACGGAACGGUGCCCGCUGGUGGCGGUCUCAGCUCCAGUGCUGCCUUUGUAAGCGCGGGCGCACUUUCCGUGAUGAUCGCAAAUGGCGAGAAGGAUGUGGACAAGAAAGACCUGACCGAGGUCGCAAUUGUCAGUGAACGAGCUGUUGGUGUCAACUCGGGAGGCAUGGAUCAGUCCGCCUCGGUUUUCUCCGAACGAGGCUCGGCUUUGUUCGUCUCUUUCGCACCAACACUUUCGGCCCGUCCAGUCUUCUUCCCCAAGACGAAUCCCGAACUCAUCUUUGUGGUUGCACAAUCUUUCGUCACUUCCAACAAACAGGUUACUGGACCGAUCCAUUACAACUUGCGUGUCGUCGAGUGCAGCAUGGCAGCUGCCGCCCUUAAUGCCAAGCUCUGCCAAGGCACUGAACUUCCCAAGGACUCCGGUCCAUUGGGGGUUUCGCUACACGGUUUCCAUACUAACUACCUUAAGGACUCGAAAAAGUCAAUGCCAGAGCAGCUGACAGAGCUGAUCGUGCUGACGAAGUCUACCCUUGCCCAAGAAGAAGGCUACACCUUGGAGGAGGUAGCCUCAGCCGCUGGAACUUCAGUGGACGACAUCAAGGCAAGGUUCAUGUCCAGCUUUCCUGUACGCGGCGAGAGAUUCAUGCUACAGCAAAGAGCCUUGCAUGUCUUUACCGAGGCCCUUCGCGUCCUUGAUUUCUUGACGCUGCUCGAGGACAAGUCGCGUCACUCCGCGUCCGAGGACACCACCGACUACAACAAGAAACUCGGCGACCUGAUGAACGCCACCCAAGAUUCAUGCCGGGACCUCUACGAGUGCAGCUGUCCGGAGAUCGAUGAGAUAUGUACGAUUGCGCGAGAAGCUGGAGCUUAUGGCAGUCGCCUCACCGGUGCUGGCUGGGGUGGCUGCAGCGUACAUCUCGUCCCGGCGGACAAGGCGGAUGCCGUCAAGAAGGCACUGGUGGAAAAGUACUAUUCGAAGCGGAAACUGAGUGAGGCCGAUAUGGAAGCGGCUAUUGUUGUCAGUCGGCCCAUGAAUGGGAGUGCGGUAUUGAAGCUGGAGGAAGGGAAGUUUCCAUAG